CCGUCAUCCUAAACUAGACCUCUUUUUUCAAAGAGGAGGCAGGGGCAGAGGGAAAACUACUAGAAAUAAACAGGAGCAUUUUGCAGGACAAUGUGACUUGGCUCCCUCUUCAACUUUGUGGGUCUUCCCAUUCGGCUUCUGAGACUAUGCAUGAUGAACCUAAGUUAAAUAGGCAGCACCACUUUUGGCAAGGAAAAGAAAAAUCACAUCGUCUGAUGGGCAAGUGUACCCAGGUUGCAGCCAUCUCUGCUUUAGCAUGUCUGAUUCAGAUUCCUCAGGUGAAACUGCAAGAGAGUUGUACAAACAAUGAUCCCUGUUCCAACACAAACUGGCUCCAUCUCUGGUACAUCUGGCUUGUGGUUGCCAUUGGUGGGCUCCUCCUCCUCUGUGCUGUUGUCUCUGUUUGUGUGAGAUGCUGCUGCCUUAAUUGCCAUCCAGGGGAAGAUGCCAGUCCUCAGCCAUAUGAGGUUACAGUUAUUGCUUUUGAUCAUGACAGCACCCUUCAAAGCACCAUCACUUCCCUCCAUUCCAUGUUUGGCCCAGCUGCUAGGAGAAUACUAGCAGUAGCUCAUUCCCACAGUGCAGUGCCAGCAGUGCACCACCUUGCCCGAACAGAGACUCCCCCAAUUUAUGAAGAAGCCAUACACAUGAACAGAUUCACAGUGGCUCGAAGUGGAGAAAAAUCCCCAGAGUUGGAGCUGGUGCCAGAGGAGAAACGGACAAUAGGUACUGAGAAAGAAGUCCAGGAAGCAUGUUCCACAGGCAGCCAAGGCUCCUAAGUCACAUUACCAGCAAGUUCUGCAAAGAAUGGAUAGCUUCACACAGAUAUAUAAAUGUAUACUGCUGGGUUGAUAUUCUUCUUCAGUUUAUAGCAUACAACAUGCUGCAUGCUACAAAUAUAUUUGUAACAUGCAUCAAGGAACAAGUUCACAGAGAUUUAAAACAGAUGUUUAUUAAGUCUGCAUUUUUCUUCUAGAUCUACUUCUUUCAUCCCUAAAAGAUAUUUUAGAGUGCAUCAUUCCCUUUCCAAAGCACCUGUAUGGUCAUCACAACAGUUCCCUUGCAAUGUUUUCACUCGUCUUUGAAAGAUAUGUCCAUUCAGAUUAGUGGGCUUCCCACAAAUAAAACCACAAAGAUUUGAACUCAUAACUGUUGAAUAGCUAAUAUGUUAACCAUUUAUAAUCAAGUUUCUAGUCAUGUUUUCCAUUCCUUGCAGUCAGGCUCAAAUUCUUAAGUGACUGAAACUUUGUAUUAUUAUUUUUGAAUCCUAUGAAGUGAGAUCCACUAUUUAAGGAUAUUGAAUUACCUCUGGGAGCCAAAUUCCAACCCAGAAUCUUCAUAAACAUAUAUUUUAGGUGGGACAGAGUAAUUUCUAGGCCUGAUUCAUUGUCCACCCAUUUAUUACAAGUUCUGAAUCUCCUCUCAAAACAACAUACUGGAGCCUGUUACCAUACCAUUUAUUUCUUUAUUAAGCCACUUCAAUCAAAAAAAAAAAAUCUAAGUGGCUUACAAAAACUAAAUUCACAAUAAUAAAUCAAUAAAAAAUUACAAAAAUAUAAAUCCAUGCAUCCAUAUAUCAAAAAUACAACAACCAUAAUAUUUAUGAAGCUAUGAAUCCUUUAUUAAUGGGUGCAUUACACUACAAAUAUUUCCUUUUUAUGGGGGUUAUGAUUAAAUGUUUGGGUUAAAUGUUAAGGCUAUUAAGUGCUAUGAUUGUUUGUCUCUCUUUCUAUGCCUGAGGAAAUGGAAAGAAGGUGAAUGCUGAAUUGCCAAUGACUCCUAUACAUUUUUAAUCCUAUCUCUAUUUCCCAGAGAAUAAACAAAUCUAGAAUAAUUCUGCUCUUGAUUCAGGCCUUAUGACAUGGUUAGGAAUAUUUGGAGAGUCAGGAAGGAGACUCACUCAAUUGCACUAAAAAUACUUUCAACAGGUUAAAUGCAAUCCAGGUGAGUAUCACAAUAUACUUUUAUCUUCUUUCAUGAAACUCCCUGUUGGGACAACUGUGCUAGCUAAAGUUUAUGUGAACAGAAGCCCAAUAUAUCUGGAGAGCACUAGCUUGGAGAAGGCAGAAGUAAUUCAAAAUACAAAAUAUCAGUAGAAAGGAACACAUUUCAUUUAUAUAAAAAUCUGUUAAUAUUUAUGGAAACAGAUGUUAUCAGUAACAGUAAAUCAAUAUUUUUUCUGCUUCUAUUAAUGUUUGAUCUGCUUAUCACUGCACAUUACUGGGUAUUGAUAUUUCUGAGAAAUAUCUUAGUUUUAAUAAAUCUAUAUGGCCUAAAGAGUUGAAAAUACAGUUUCAAAGGUCAGUCUGGAUACAUCCUUCAUCCUUUAUUCAAAUGAGCUUGAACUUACUUAUCUGCUGAGGAGAAGGAAGCUUACAAAUGAUAGAUUCAGAGACACAGAAAUCCAAGAACGGAAACAAACCUUUCCAGUUUCAGUUAACCAUUGCUCAGAUGUUAUAUUUUGCACUGAUAUGAAUUUAACUAGGCACUAGAUGUCAGGCAUGUUACACUUAAGGUGGACCACUUAAUGGAGUCUUUGUGCAGGUUUUGGUUGUGUUAGGCUUGUAGCUUGCUGACAGCAUUUUUUGUUAGUUGAUAGAGGUAGCAUAAGCAAGCUGUAAUAAAAGUUUUUGAUGUGAUUUGCAGUGCCACAGAGAUAGGCUGGCACUGAGAAAGUGGCAUUUGUAGACUUACUUCCCCCAAUAUUAAAAACAGUAAAGAUUUGGACCAGCCUCUGUGAGUAUACUCUUGAAGGAAUAAUACAUUCCUAUCUGGGAUGGUCAUCCUCUUGCACUGAGCACACAGCUUCAGGCAGGACACACAUGGAGCAGUGAGAGAAAAAGAAGACACCAACCAGAUCACCCUCACAUCCAGUGCCUGCAAGUGUGAGCCUGGUUCUCUUUUAUUAAUUGUCAAGAGUCUUCAACCUGAGCUAGAGGCAGUUUGUGACAUUCCAGACACUGUCUGGCCCUGAAACAGGUUUAUUUCAUCUGGAACUAUGGAUGUAGUGAAUUAUUUUUGGUUCAAAAGAUUAACUUCCAGAAAACUGUCAGACAGAUGUGGACUAGAGAAGAAAAAGAAUAUUCUGAAGUUCUCUGGGACUCUUUUCUGGAAUAAUAGAUUUUCCACAUAUUUACUACAAUAUAAUUCAAAGCCACCCACACUACACAGAAGGAAGUUUCGAUCUGUAAAUGUGCUCUGAUCUGACUGAUGCUUCUUUAAAUUGAAAUACCUCUUCAAACUUUGCACAUCUGUAAAAGAUAAAACAAAACAUUUUUUAAAAAUGUUAAAUAAAACUGUCAAUAGUAAAACAAAAUGUUACAAAUAAAAGAAAUGUACUGUAUUUAGAUACAGCUGCAGGAGAGAUCAAGGUGAUGCAAAUGAUGACACUGUCACAAUGCCAAGCUCCACCCUUUCGUACAAAUGUUGUGACACUGAAUGCAUGUAGGAAAGGGCAGGAGCUUACACAAUGUGAUGGGGCAACCUUAUUUUCACAGUUUUGGCAAAAUCCUCCAAUCCUUUGGACAUCUCCAAAUGAAUGUAUUUGGGGUAUGAGGCAGAGGUUAAGACUCUAGGUGCAAGACUCUAAACAUAGAUUUGAAACUAGAUGUUUGCAUUUCUGUACUGGAAAUUUUAUUGCAUCUAGCAGAAAG